GUCUGCUGAACGCGACCAUAGUCGUCCACUUUUUGGCGGUUUCGCAGUUUCGUGAAGUUUCGGCAUGCGAUCACGGAGGAAUUCGAGUUUCGUGAAUCCAGCAUUAGUGGUAUCUCUGAUACACGGGAAACUCACUGAGUCGAAGCAUGGAGCUCGAUCAACUGGAGCAGUCCGCAAAACAAUUAAAUGCGGUGCUUAACAAGUUCCCGAUCAUCGCAGUCUCGCUGGACGAUUUUAGACCAAUUGAAGAGAAGGUCUAUACGACCAGGAAGUCGCUGAUGCCCUUGAACGCCAGGUUAUUAAUGCUUAAAGCAAAGUACAAACAGUACGUCGACAGACGCAGCGAAAGCGAGGAUGAGUUCAGAAACACACUGCAAAAUGUCGUAAGCGACACGCUCCUAAACGUCAAGGCUGUCAAGUUGUUCCUUCAUAGCACCACCAUUCUCUCAAUGUUCAAUAAUAAGGAAGGCACUGCAGAGGACCAACAAAAGCUCAACACCUACAUGAGUAAACUCUUCACUCUCAAUGACAAUAUUAUGACCACAGAGGAAGCUAUCGAGAAGGCGUCUCAAGUACAGCUUGAUCUGAAAAUCGAAUGUCAGAAGGCGAUAUUCGAACACACAAAGUUUCUCGAAGAACAGGAGCAGAUACGAAGCGAAAGAUUGCAGAAGACAAAUCCUGAGAUCGUACGAACUAAAAACCAACUGGAAAAGUAUAUACGAAGAAUAAACAUAAUAAAGAAACUCAUUAGAAACUUCAUUACAGUGUCCAAUCACAUGCUAAAAAAGAAGCCGAUACUGCUGAAGAUGUUGGAGAAUCACAGAGAAUUGAUAAACAUUGAAACGAUUGUAAAAAUGUCGCAAAGUAACGAAGAGAAUGAAUAAAAGAAACCUUAAGGAGGAAGUACGCAGGAACUUUCAUUAAGAACUUUUUUCUCAAUUUCUUACUGGCUAAGCGCAAUAGACACAACACAUAUUUACAAGAAUAAGCUUCCACGCAAGUCCAAAUCUUUUUCUUAUUUCUUUCCCUCGUUCUUUUGUUUUUUUUUGUUUAGUUCUUCUAUUAAAGCGCCUUGCCAGACGGUUUUGUAUAAUCAUUAAACAAAGCAUAAUCGGUAUUGUAAUAUAAGUUAAAAAUUAUAUGAUAGCAAUCACAGCUUACGUAUAUAUAGUAAAAUCUUCGCUAUAGGGGGAGAGAGAUAUACAUAUCCAUUUCGUUAGAAUCGAUACAAUUGAGAGACUUUCGUUUUUUCGCGUAUAAUUAUAAUUCGCGUUAUAUUAUUAUAUAAUAAUAAUAAUCACUGCAUGUUAAAAUGCAAAUGUAAGACAAUCGGUUUCUUUUUUCAUGGUCCGAUGUAUAUAAUAUAUCAUUCAGUCUCGUUAUAUAAUGUCUAUUUUUUUUUAUGUAAACCACUCUCCUCGCUUCCACAAUCACACACCCAUAUGCACAUAUAUAUGGGCGUGUGUAAACACAUAAUUCUCACUAUGAUAGUACUAAAACAAUUUAAUCGCUAUAUACAAGUUUGCUCGGUUUCAAAUAUAUCAGUUCGAAAGGCGAGUGGAAAGAAAACGAAUUCACUUGAAGGGAGCGGCGUUGAAUUUCGUUAAAGAACAUAUUGACGGAUCCAGGAUACAGAUCAAUUUUUUACACUGUUCGAAGAAAAAUCGCGGAGUAACGCAAUUUCACAGACAAUGUGCAGAGUAUUUCAACAAAUCCGCACUUAUACAAAUAUCGUCGUUUCGUUCUCGUUAACUUUCUUGUAAAGAACACAUUUGUUCUCAAUGACACACUAUGUCAAUUAUGUAAUAAAAAGCAAAUUAUAAGGAUGCUCGGUCUAGUUUCGCAUAGUAUCGUAAUAAAAAAUUGCAUUUUUUUACUACGAUGUAUUACUAUGUAAACAGAUCGAAAUAAACGCACGCUUUACGCGUUACGUUUAAUUUAUCUUUCUUCCUUAAUUUUUUUCUCCCUGUGUCUGCAGAAAUGACAGUUUACGACGCAAAUCUAAACGCACAAUCGUUUCUCUGUAUAAUUAUAAUGCUAAUCGCGUCUCGUAAAUCUCGCGUUGUAAUAAAAUAUCGAACACGGACACGUGUUCGCACACCCACACGCGUGAGCUGCCGAUCUCAUAAAAACGGCGAUUUCUUAUUAUCGUAGCAAUUAGCGAUUUUAUUGUUCAACAAUUCGUCCAUUAAAACAGUACGAACAUAUAGUAAGUCAAAAAAUGUAUACACAUAAGCCUCACUAUGAAGAAACUAUAGUGCUGAUUAAAUUAAUCUCAGGAAUCUCCCAUCAACAUCUCUCCACAUCGUCGAAUCGACGUAUUAAUGCAAUUAAACGAUCACAACACACGAGGGGAAACGCACUAUCAUCCAAUCUCUCUUUCUCUCGAAGUUACGCUUUACGCAACAAGAUAAUUAAUUACGCAGCCUCAUUUUUUUUUCCACAGAUACGCACGACCACAUUUAUCGCUGUAUAUGCUGCUCUUCGACCAAUGAGCCAUGGAAUGAAAAACACCGAGGAUAUAUCGAUCCUGGCCCCAAUCUCUCUACUCGUACCAAUUUACAAAUAUACAAAAAAAAAAGAAAAAGAAAAAUAUCUCUUGAACGGAGAUGGUCUCUCUCUCAUUUUGGAUUACAACAAGCCUUAAUUCCCACGUCUGCAACAAUCACUCUUCUCUCCGUGCAAGAUACGUAUCUAGGGGAACCGGAAAAAUGUAUAAGUUCUGUGCAUGUAUGUCGUGUAAAUUGCGUGUGUAUGCGCGUGUGUGUGUCUACAAUAUCCGAGGAGACCAGGAUUUGCUCACAACCAUACUUAACCAGCAGUCAGUCGUGUUAUAUUAAAAAUCGUGACUUUGCGCGCGUGCGCGCUUUGAAAAAUCGGCUAGAAAAUUACGGGCUAAACGUCCUUACGCAACGUAGUUGCACAGCGGGAUUUAUUAUAAUUACGCCAACACGGAUUCCCCGGUGACAGGACAGUGAUAUAAAUAUCGGAGACUUUCUCUCCCUUUUUUCUCUAUGUUGCGCCUACAUGGACCUCUCGCGCACGCACGCACGCACGUGCUCUCCUCAUCUGAUCGAAACUUACAAUCGCAUGUGCCGCUUGUUAUUGGAUUUAUCGCGCGAACAACUUUUAUUCGCAAGGACGAUUCGCGUAAGCACACGUGAUCCGCGUACGCAACAAUUGCGGUCUAGCGUCUUAUGUACAAGUACGGGAAUACGGUGGAUACGACUCGCGCGAAGCCGCACCGGGAGGAAAACAUCCCGGACGUAACAUCUCUUCUCAAUGAUUCGUUCUCUUUCCACGUACGCGGAUAUCAUCCAGUGUCAGGCAUUCAUCGGAUCACUCAUUCACUUUCUGCGUCCGCUGAUAUAAAUGUAGAACGACUGAUUGUUUCGACGGUCGCUCGCCAAUUGCGUUUCAAGCUUAUAAAAGAAAGGAACGAUGCUCUCGCGGUGUGUCGACAGUAGGAAGAUACAGUUAAUGAGAGGGAGAAAAAGAGAGGGAGAGAGAGAGAAAGAUGAAAUUCAUAGAGUAAGCUUAUUAUAUCUCUAUGUUUUUAAGCGUAUUACUUUUCAAGAUGUUCGACGGAGUGAUUCCCUCCCUCUCUUCCGUCUCUCGUUUGCCUUUUAUCGUACGAGAGCACGCACGGUGUCGAAUACACACUACGGUACAAGUAUGCGAUAGUUCCGUAAGUACAUGGGUUUCUUGUUGUCGGACGCGCUUGCCGAGAAGUACUUAAGGUAUUCAACGUGGAUACAACGUGGUGUACAGGCGUGUUACAUAGUACGUAUGCGCAUAUACAUCUUGGGAGCGGUACGAAGUCAUCGGCCAGACUAGCGUGUAGGUGUGGACCAUUGGACGUAACACAUGUUUCUUCACACUCGCCACCUCCGCGCCUCUAUUCCUCAUUCGAUCUCUACCGUUUACCGUGU